CAAGUGGAGUUCACCUACAGUUUAUGCACAAUAAACAGCUAUAGACCCACACCUUAUCCAACCAACACCCUCCCAAAACAAAAGGUCUAAAACUUGGCAUAUGCCUUUUCCAUGGAUCCUUCUUCCCUCUCCUUCCUCCACAAACUUCUAAGUUUUCAACCAAAACAAACAAACUUCUUAACAUUACCACAUUUCCAAACUCCUCCCAAAAUUAAGCUCCAAAAUUAGUUUUCACUUAUACAACCAAAAAAAAACCACCAUUAAAACAAUAAUGGCUUCUGCCAUUACAAGACCAACAACCUUCUCAUUCCACCUUUCCUCACCUUCUCCUCCAAAACCCAAACUUCACUUCACAACAUCAACCAUUUCCUCUAAAACCCACAAAUUUUUCCCACUACAAAACACCUCAAAUGGUCUCAAUCUCACCCCAAAAUCAGUUGAUGUAUCAAAAGAAGACCAACCCAUUAUAGAGAAUCCAAAUUCAGAGGAACCCAGUUCAUCAGAUUCAGAGAAUUUUGAUAAACGUAGAUUGGAAGAGAAAUUUGCAGUGUUAAACACAGGAAUUUAUGAGUGUAGAUCAUGUGGUUAUAAGUAUGAUGAAUCUGCUGGUGAUCCUAACUACCCUGUACCUCCAGGGCUGCCCUUCUCGCAGCUGCCGGAGGAUUGGAGGUGUCCAACUUGUGGAGCUGCUAAGAGCUUUUUUGAUAGUAAGAGUGUAGAAAUUGCCGGUUUUGCGCAGAAUCAACAGUUUGGACUUGGGGGUAAUUCACUUACUUCUGGACAGAAAGCUCUUCUUAUCUAUGGUGCAUUGUUUGCUUUCUUUUUGUUGUUUUUAUCAGGGUACUUUUUGCCAUAGUAGUAUAUUUGAGAAGAUUUAAAGGGGGGGGGGGAAAUUAAAUGUAGUUUUUGUGGAUGGGAUGUAAUUGUAAUACUAUUGAAAUAUCAGUACAGAAGGAAAAUUUUUCAGA